UCGCAACUGUGGGCCAUUGUGCUUCGUUUGGAAAACACUCUACACGCAAACACUCUCAGGACAGGGUCCCGCAAAAAAGGUGUGUGCACUGCCCUGCGGAGUAGUGAGUCUCUUUUUCAUCUCUUCCCCUCGAGGCAACGAUAGAAAACGGUGCUCGGACGUGUGAAAAAUCACAGUCGAAGUGGUUCGCUCUACUCCCGCUGAAUUCCUUUCGUUGCGUGUCGUGCCGUGAGGUGAGGCGUGGAUCCAAUCGCCGACAGCUCGAGUGAUGUAAUGAGUGUGUGAAGAUUUUCAACCCCCCGAGCAGAAGAAAAUCAACCAGCAAGUGAGCAAGAAAAACCCCAGCGGAAACACCGCAUCAUCGCCGGCUUUUUUUGGGUUGUUAUUAAUAAAACAGCACAACCCCGGUGUGAGGGUUUUCUCCCUCCACUCUCCUGUGUGUGUGUGUGUGUGUGCGCGUGUGUAUGUGUGUAUGGUUGCUGGUGAGACGAUUGUUUUUCGCGUACGCAAUCAGCUAAAUUUGUCGUCCGUCACCGGGCCGCCCUAUCCCCAGGGGUUUGCGCACGUGCGUUCUUGUGUGUCAGCCAAUGUGUACGUGAGUGUGCGUGUGCGGAUAAAAGAAUUGUGGUUUGAAGAAUUUUCAUCUCCACCAAACCACCCCGCCAGGAGGUCUAGCUAAAAGGGCUACACCCGAGCAGCAGCCGCCCCAACCGGAUCGUAUGCGUGUGCGUUUACUUGAGAGGGUUAGAAGAGCAGUGUGCGUGUGUGUGUGCGCGUCAUUGUAAUGUGAUGGAACUGUUGCGCGUUGUGUCAGUGCUGUAAUACGUGCUCAACCAUCCAAGUAGUCAGCUUUUGGCAGGCAACAGCGAACACUUUUCACGGCGAACCCGAGAGCAAUUAGGGAAGAGAGGAAGGCCGCGACGCUAGAACGACCCGUUUUUCCGUCGAUCCAUUUUCCCGAAGUGUCCAAAUUUACGCAUUGUGUUCCGCAGAGGCUGAAACUGUUGCGGGGGCAGACAGAGAAGGAAGGAGAGGGUAUAAUUUCUUCGCAUCGCCCGGUAGAGGUUCUAACAUACACCGGCCAGCUAAGCAGAGCAUUGUGCGAUUUUGUGAGCGUUUGUGAGUGUGUGUGUGUGUGUGUGUGAAAUCGUGUCAAGAAGGAUUUCCUGUGGCGGAUAACUAAACCUCGAGAGCGGACACCGCUGCGCAAACUAUCAAAGCUUCGUGACACACCCACCACCCACCGGGACCGCUGCGCUACUACAAUGGGCGACUACACGCUGGAUGUGGACAAUCUGAUUCAGCGACUCCUAGAAGCCCACAAACUGCAGCAGCAGCAGGCACAAGAGUCCCGGAAAAAGGGCAAACUGAAAGAGAUAUUCUCCCACGAUUUCAUGGUUCGGGGAUGUCGUCCAGGAAAAUCGGUACCUAUGCCAGAGGAAGAAAUUCGUGCGCUAUGCUUAAAAUCUCGUGAAAUUUUCCUACAACAACCAAUCCUGUUGGAACUGGAGGCUCCACUUAAAAUUUGUGGUGAUAUACACGGCCAGUACACAGACUUGCUGCGACUGUUCGAGUACGGUGGAUUCCCCCCGGAGGCCAAUUAUUUAUUCUUGGGAGAUUACGUGGACCGAGGCAAGCAGUCGCUGGAAACGAUCUGUCUCCUGUUAGCGUACAAAAUCAAGUAUCCGGAAAACUUUUUCCUGCUGCGCGGAAAUCACGAGUGUGCCAGUAUUAAUAGGAUAUAUGGUUUCUACGAUGAGUGCAAGCGGCGGUACAAUGUGAAGCUGUGGAAAACAUUCACGGACUGUUUCAAUUGCCUGCCGAUCGCAGCCAUCAUUGAUGAGAAAAUCUUCUGCUGUCACGGAGGUUUAAGUCCGGAUUUGAACCAUAUGGAACAAAUCAAACGCAUCAUGCGACCAACAGAUGUUCCCGAUACGGGCCUACUGUGCGAUCUGCUGUGGAGCGAUCCGGACAAAGAUGUGAAAGGAUGGGGAGAGAACGAUCGUGGCGUUAGCUUCACGUUCGGCGUAGAUAUCGUGGCAAAGUUUCUGCUAAUCCAUGAGCUGGAUCUCAUCUGCCGGGCGCAUCAGGUCGUGGAGGACGGGUAUGAGUUCUUUGCCCGGCGAUCGCUGGUGACGCUGUUCUCUGCACCGAACUACUGUGGUGAAUUUGACAAUGCCGGCGGCAUGAUGUCGGUUGAUGCAAAUUUAAUGUGUUCGUUUCAGAUUUUGAAGCCGUCGGAAAAGAAGGCUAAAUAUCAGUACAGCGGUACUAACAACCAGCGACCGCAGACGCCCCAGCGCAAUCAGAAUCCAACCAAUAAACGGAAAUAAUAAUUUCUCUCCCUUCUCAACCGCUACCUGACGAGACGCAGCAGCAAGAAGAAGUCAUCGCAGGCGGCCAGUUCGUCCGCAAACACUGCUACCAAUGCCACUAACGAUUCUACCAUUGCCGUUUGUAACGAUGAAAUGCUUACCGGGACCUCCGUACCGUACGAUCCUGCGGCCGAGCAUCUGGCGCACUGCCAGGACCACGAUCGAGUUAACACAGUGAACGGCAAUACGGCAUCAGCAGCAACAUCAUCAUCUACGGGCGCUGCAUCAGCAUCGUCCGGCGCUGGUGUACCAUCGUCUUCGAUGUCGCUGAAACAUGUCCCAAUAAAAGCAAUAGUAUUUUCUGACGAAUCUUUGCCAAGUAUCGAUGGCGGUACGGCUUCGUCGCAUUUACGGCCUGCUACGCCCUCGUCCCUUCGUCCGAAUGCUUCACUGACUGAGCGGUGCUUGAAAGCCGCGGAGGAGGAGGAGGAGAAAGAUUGUUCCUUACCUUCCCCACCACCUCCACCGUCGUUACAAACGGUACCAGUAAUGCAAAUGCAAGCGCUUCACUUACACCAGCCCGUCCCACAGUAUCAGCAGGAUCUGUCGCACGGCACGGACCGUUCCUGCUUUUCCCCACCGCCCACAGCAACGGUGACCACCACUACUAGCCUGUUGCAUUCCUCUGGAGCGCAUGCGAUACCGAGUGGAUCAUCGGGUGCUAGUAGACAGUUACCUGCCUAUCCGCCGGCGGUUUCACUACCAAAGCCUACCCCUAUUUGGGUUGCUGCCGGGGUUCAGCAUUCAGCAGGUGGUAGCAGUAGUGUUAUUAGUAGUGGCGCGUUAGCCAGGGAACGGUCAGUGCCGGUCCAUGGAUAUUCGACCGCAUCGACCAUCGCCGUUGCUACUGGCAGUAAUAGCCCGGCAGUGGUUUCGACUGUGCCUAUUCUGCGCACCUUCGGUGCCUCGGCAGGCUCACGGCAAAAUUCCUUUGGCAGCUAAGGGCGUAGCACUUUGAUCGAUACAAGGUGCAGUCCGCCUAAGCUACUUAAAACAAUUCUUCUGUUGUGGGUGUAUGGAAGCAAUAACCCUCUCCCCCCGGUGUACACAUUCUGCGGGAGUGAGGCGUAAACUGUUCCGAAAAGAAAGUCGGUCGAGAAUGUGUGGCAAAUGGCAAACGAUGCGGUUGGCAGAAGACGACGAUGACUAUCGCCCUGUGUCGCGGUAUAUAGGAAGCGAGUGAGAAUGUGAGAGAAUUCAAAAGGGAAUGAGAGAGAGAGAGAGAGGGAGAUAAAACAAAAACCAGAUACAAUAAGCCUGUUGAGGUUAAUGAACACAAGGAAUGAUGAUGCGGAGCAAAGAAACAUAAUAACGUAGUUUUUAUCGCAUGAUAUUGUUAACAAAUAAACACACAACAGCGCACCAUCAUCGGUAAGGCCGGAAGCUGUUUGCACACUGUGGGCGUGUUUUGUGUGCAGUAUGGGGCGAAAAGAACACUAAAGUAAUGAGAGAUGAUACAACAAGCUUAUUAAAGCGAUAGCAAUAGUAGAUUGCUAGGGCAAAAUAUGUGAAUUAAGCCGACAAAUGUAAUAUGCCAAAGUGGCACACACAGGGUUAGAAGAAAUAGGAAAGGCAUGCAAGUGUAAAAUGUGUGGCAAGGAAAUAUGGAAACUCUUGAUCGUACCAGCAACUCUGUUCUCGAUACCAGAAGAGAUAGAGAGAUCGUGAAUACACUAAACGAAACAGAUUGCAUGAAUACAUGCUGAGCCACAGCUGUAGUGCCAGCACAACAAGAACAACAACAACAGCAACAAAAAAAAAAACAGCAAAAACAGCAUUGCGAGUGAUUGCAAAGAGUGAAAGCACACCUGCUCGUAGGGACAAACUAACCAACCACGGUCAUAGUGUUAGAGCCACUCAUGUGUCUAUCUGAAGAGUGCACACACUUUCCAGCCACAGCUGCGUGAAGGUUGUAUUCUGUACUAUUAUUUAUGAACUCGAAGUGCAGGGAAAGGGCAGGAGAUGAUAUGUAAAGCAUCUGUAUUUAUAGUCUCGAAACCACGCGUACGGAAACAAAUCAUGCAUAACAUAUUCAGUGGUAGCGUAUAUAAUGUUAUCAUUCAACAUUGUGAGCGCAAAAUAUGAUUGGAAAUCAGUUCCAAAAUUGGAAAUGAAAUCGAUUCCCAUACAUAGCAUAGAUACGCAGAGAGAGAGAGAGAGUGCUCGAAGUGAGACAGCAGAGCGAGAGAAGAAGAAAAAAUUAACGCGGAUAGUCUCCAUUAUUGGUAUGCUGGUAGGACAUAAUGGUAGUACAUGGGCGAAAAUAAUGUGCAAAAUGCAAAAACAAACUUCUGAACUGCACUCUGGAAUAUGUGCGUGCGCGUAUGAGAGAAUUAUAUAUAUAAAUGUAGAUAUACAUAUGCAUACCUAUACACACACCCAUACACACAUUACUCAAUACGCGAAGAUGGAAUACGGCAAUGCCGUACAUAACAUAUGAGAGAAAUAGAAGAGAGAGCGAAAAAGAGAUAGAGAGAGAUUUUCCGAUUAUUUUCGGUUGAUCGUUUUAUUGCCUUCUGGAAACUAAGUAGAAAUAUAUGUUCCACCCAAAUCAGCGGCGUGGGGGAGAUGGUACGCGCACUGUGAAGAGAUUAGUAAGAAAAAGAAAAGAAAGAUCAUCAAACAUGAGACCGAUAUGAUGACCCCUAUCAAAGGUGUAAGGAAAGCAUCGGUCAAGUAAAUAAUUUUGCCCCUGCAAAUAAGCUUGUUUAUGCGUGUGUGUGUGCGUGCGUUGAGAAAGUAUUCAUACUAGAGAUGGCAAUGCAUGAUUUAUAAAAGCACUGUAAAUCCCCCCCCCCCCAAUAACUAUUCAAAUGCAAACUUUAGAACUUCAUCUUAACAAAAAAUGCUUUAACUCCAGCUGCUCGUUUGGCGAAAGGAAUCGUUUUGUUUUUUCAACAUGCGCGCAGCAUUGGCAGCAAACACAACUGUGCAUGCAUUUACACACACCACCAAAGGGAAGUGCACGAGUAUACAACAGUGAUGAAAUGCAAUGAAGUAAAAUGGAUUAUUUUAACCCCGUU